CUCUCAGUGUGUCUCUCUGUGUGUUUCUCUUUGUGUGUGUCUGUCUCUCUGUGUGUCUCUCUCUGUGUGUCUCUCUCUCGGUGUGUCUCUGUGUGUCGGCGGUGCCGUGCUCGCGGCGUUAGAUUCGCAGCGGGGCCCGGUGGAGCAGUCGUCGUCGUCAUCAUCAUCAUGAUCUUCCCGAGCUCCUUCUCGGAGGAAGAGGAGACACUGCAGAAGAAAUUCGCCAAGCUCAAGAAGAAGAAAAAAGCAGUCAUGGCCUUAAAGAAACAAAGCACGGCAAAUCCGUCUACACAGAGCGGCUUAAAGCGAUCCGUGUCGGAGCAGCCGACCGUGGAUGGAGCCGCAGCCACGGAGCAGGCGAAGAAGCUGAUGAAGAGCGGCGCCAUCAGCGCCAUCCGGCCCGAGACCAAGAGCUCCGGCUUCAAGCGCUCGCGCACGCUGGAGGGAAAGCUCAAGGACCCAGAGAAGGAGAAACCGCCUUCAUUUCAGCCGUUCCAGAGAAGCGUUUCUGCCGAGGAUGAGGCCACGGAGGCUAACGUGCGCCGGCCACAAGUGAAGAAUCUCUACGAGAGCUUUGUGAGUGGCCGUGAGCAUGAGAACUCAUCGAUGGAAGAUGCAGAGCGCGUGGAUGACAGAGGGUGGGACCGAGAGAGACAUUCGUCGGAGCGGCGUGAGCCUCGCAGGGGGAACACGAUCUACGUGAACGGCUCUGGGAUCACGGACGAGAUCCUGCAGACGGCCUUUAGCUCCAUAGGCCCGGUCCUCAACGUCACCAUGGAGCGCGCUCGCAGCUGUGGAUUUGUCACGUUCGAGAAAAUGGAGUCUGCCGACCAAGCCAUAGCAGAGAUGAAUGGGGCUGUGGUGUCGGACGUGCGUCUCCGCGUGUCCCUUGCGCGCCGUCAGCCCAAGAUCGAGGCCACAGCUGGGACGUCGCCCUGGAGCACUCUGGCGCUGGGGCACAGCGCCAAGGGGCUCCACCAAGAUCGACGCAAUCAAGUAGUCUACUCGGAUGAUCCCUUCUCGUGACAACACCCGACUCCUCUCUCUCCCUGCUCGGCCGCUCUGUCCAAGCCCCUCACGUGCCGUCUCAUUCCUCUCUCCGCUUUCCUCUCCUCCGUUUGCAUUUCUAGCUAGGAGCCUUGUCGAUUUGGGGGCGAUUAUUUGAUUAAAACCUUUUUUUUUCACAAUAA